CCGGAUGCAAUAGUCCGAUAAUUAUCCCGCUUCUUCUGAAAAGAUUGAAAAUUUGAAUUUGCCAGAAGACUUAAAACAAAAGUUUCAAAGUCUGUUUUUCUCACAGACAAAAUGACUCUGUCUCGGCACUUCGUUUUUCCGCAUAACUUCCGAGCCCUGGAAGCCGUAGAAGAACAAGAUGACAAUCUUCUUUCCGUCCAGAACCCUUUCAACAUCUCCUCGAUGCGCCCUUCUCAGCUUGAAGAAUUCGUCAAAGGUGUAUCUUUUGACCUAUCCGACAAAGAGCUCUUCUGUGUUGAGGAGCAAAAUGUGUUUGAUCGUGUUUAUUCAUUGGUUGGGGGCUUUUCUAGUCUCAGCCCGUCUUGUAAAAUCAAUCUUGUAGAGAGUCUUCGGUCCAAUUUCAGUGUCCUCCUCCCAAAUAUAGAUUCCCUAUCUCGUGUCUCUGAGGGUGAGGAUGAUGAAUCGCCAGUAAUAGAACGCCUUACUUCACAUCGUAAUGCUUUUAAAAUAUACACUUUCUUCCUCUUUAGUAUCAUUUUUGCCGAAGAUUCGAAUAUAUCCCCCAACAACAAUGCAAAGGUUACAACAACUGCAAGGAAGAAACAAAUGGCAAACUCAUGGAAUUGGGAGUUACAAAGGGGUAGAAUGCUUAAUUUAAUUGCCAAUUCGCUCGACAUCAACCUUUCCUUGCUUUUUGGUUCAUCAGACCCAGAUGAAAACUAUUUAUCUUUUGUUGUAAAAAAUGCAUUUUCUCUGUUUGAGAAUGCAGUGCUUUUGAGAGAUACAGACACAAAAGAUGCUUUGUGUCGUAUAAUUGGGGCUUGUGCUACAAAAUACCACUACACUGCUCAGUCUUGUGCUUCAAUCUUGCACCUGAUUCACAAAUAUGAUUUUGUUGUCAUCCACAUGGCAGAUGCUGUUGCUGGGGCUGAAAAGAAGUAUGCUGAUGGAACUUUGGCAAGUUAUCUCAUCAGAGAGAUUGGGAGAACUAAUCCUAAAGCCUAUGUUAAGGAUACCAUGGGGGCAGAAAAUAUUGGACGUUUUCUGGUGGAGCUUGCUGAUCGGCUGCCAAAGUUGGUUUCAACCAACAUUGGACUUCUAGUGCCACACUUUGGUGGGGAGUCUUAUAAGAUAAGGAAUGCUCUUGUUGGGGUUUUGGGAAGGUUGGUUGCAAAGGCAUUUAAGGACGUUGAUGGAGAAGUGAGUUCUAAAUCUGUCCGUCUUAGAACCAAGCAAGCCAUGAUGGAGAUUUUGCUUGAACGGUGUCGAGAUGUUUCAGCUUACACUAGGAGUCGGGUUCUACAGGUUUGGGCUGAAUUAUGUGAAGAGCAUUCUGUUUCAAUUGGAUUGUGGAAUGAGGUUGCCGAAGUUGCUGCUGGGAGGUUGGAGGAUAGGAGUGCUAUUGUUAGAAAAUCUGCAUUAAAUUUGCUCAUCGUGAUGUUGCAACAUAAUCCUUUUGGUCCACAACUUCGAAUAGUUUCAUUUGAUGCAACAUUAGAGCAGUACAAGAGGAAGCUAAGCGAGUUUGAGUCCAAUAUUCCUUCAGAAAGUGUUGAACAUGUUUUGCCAUCUGAAAAUGAUACUUACUACGGAAAUAGCGAAAUUGAUGAUGUAAAUGCUGAGGAGGUGGUCAAGGAGCAGCAAGAGAGUUUGGCUGAUAGUUAUUUGCCUCAUAGCGAAGAAGGGAUUGCUGAGAAGGAUACUUCUUUGCCAGAUGUUGGGAACUUGGAGCAGACCAGGGCAUUGGUUGCUUCACUUGAGGCUGGCUUGAGAUUUUCCAAGUGUGUAUCUGCCACAAUGCCAACUCUUGUUCAAUUGAUGGCUUCAUCUUCUUCAAGUGAUGUUGAGAACACGAUUCUUUUGUUGAUGAGGUGCAAACAGUUCCAAAUUGAUGGUGCUGAAGCUUGCCUCCAUAAGAUGUUGCCACUAGUAUUUUCUCAAGAUAAAUCUAUCUAUGAAGCUGUGGAGAAUGCUUUCAUUACUAUUUAUAUAAAGAAAAACCCAGUGGAAACUGCUAAAAAUCUUUUGAAUCUCGCGAUAGAUUCAAAUAUAGGAGAUCAAGCAGCCAUGGAGUUUAUUAUUUCUGCCUUGGUGUCCAAAGGAGAUAUAUCUACGAGUAUGAUAUCAGCAUUAUGGGAUUUUUUUUGCUUUAAUGUUAGUGGAACCACAGCAGAGAAAAGUCGUGGUGCUCUGUCUGUCCUUUGCAUGGCUGCAAAAUCAUCCAAUAUGAUUCUUGGAUCUCACUUACAAGAUAUUAUUGAUAUUGGAUUUGGUCGUUGGGCUAAAGAAGAACCUCUGCUUGCUAGGACAGCAUGUAUUGCUUUUCAGAGAUUGUGUGAAGAAGAUAAGAAGAAACUUUUGCUUAGUAAUGGCAGCCGGGUGUUUGGUAUUCUAGAAAGCUUAAUUACUGGCUUUUGGCUUCCAGAUAAUAUAUGGUUUGCUGCUGCUGAUAAAGCAAUAAGUGCCAUUUAUAGUACUCAUCCAGCUCCGGAAGCCAAAGCUGCUGAUCUUGUUAAGAAGUCUAUUAACUCUGUCUUUCAUUCUAAUGGGGGAGAUAAGCUGCAGAAGGACAUAGACAAUGGUAACGAUAGCAUGCUAACCACAGUUCAAGUUGGAAAACUUGGUAGGUGUUUAUUUGUUGUAAGUCAUGUGGCCAUGAACCAACUGGUAUAUAUCGAGUCUUGCGCUCGGAAAAUCCAGAAACAGAAAAUCAGAAAGGAUAAAAUGUUUGAUGAUCAUCAAAAUGUGCAUGAUAAUGGCUCCAUGAACACUAAUGUACCAAUGGACAGUAGUAUCAAUGCUGAAUUAGGUCUUGCUGCCUCUGAAGAGGCAAUACUUGAUACACUAACUGAAAGGGCAGAAAAAGAAAUUGUUUCUGGUGCUUCCAAUGAUAAGAAUUUGAUUGGACAAUGUGGACAGUUCCUAUCAAGGCUUUGUAGAAAUUUUUCUCUGAUGCAAAAGUAUCCUGAUUUACAGGCAUCUGCAGUCCUUGCUCUGUGUCGAUUUAUGAUUAUUGAUGCAAACUAUUGUGAAGCAAAUCUUCAACUUCUGUUCACGGUUGUGGAGAGUGCACCCUCAGAAAUUGUUCGUUCCAAUUGCACCAUCGCUCUUGGAGAUUUGGCUGUCCGCUUUCCUAAUCUGUUAGAACCUUGGACUGAGAAAAUGUAUUCCCGCCUACAAGACCCAUCUGUUUCUGUCCGGAAAAAUGCUGUUCUGGUGCUUUCGCAUCUCAUAUUAAAUGACAUGAUGAAGGUGAAAGGGUACAUAAAUGAGAUGGCUAUACGAGUAGAAGAUGAUAAUGAGAGGAUUUCAAACCUGGCUAAACUAUUUUUCCAUGAGCUGUCUAAGAAAGGAAGCAAUCCUAUAUAUAAUUUACUUCCUGAUAUACUCGGCAAAUUAUCUAACCAGAACUUGAGGUGGGAAUCUUUUUGCAACAUCAUGCAACUCUUGAUUGGUUCCAUCAAGAAGGAUAAACAAAUGGAAGCUCUUGUUGAGAAACUUUGCAAUAGGUUUAGUGGGGUGACAGAUAUUAGACAAUGGGAAUAUAUUUCCUAUUGUCUUUCUCAGCUUGCAUUUACUGAAAAGGGAAUGAAAAAGCUCAUGGAGGCAUUCAAGAUCUAUGAGCAUGCCCUGUCAGAGGAUUCUGUCAUGGAGCAUUUUAGAAGUAUAAUUAACAAGGGUAAGAAAUUUGUAAAACCAGAACUCAAAGUGUGCAUCGAGGAGUUUGAGGAAAAGCUUAAUAAAUUCCACAUUGAAAAGAAGGAGCAAGAAUUGGCAACAAGAAAUGCUCAAAUUCAUAGGCAAAAAGUUGGUACGAUGGAAAAGUUUGUGGAGGACUGCAAUUCUAGAGGAGAGAGUGCAGAAUCUGAUACUUCUGAAGAUGGUGAAGUUGUUGAUCCAUGUUUGGAAGGGGUGACCCAAUGUUUGGAUGAUGUAUCAAGUUUAGAAUCUGGCAACUCAAAAGAACAUUCUGGUAUGUCUAGUGAGGUGGUAGAGUCUGAAACAGAUGAUGUUGAAGUUCAAUCCUCAAAAAUUGACAUGAAAGGGGCAUCCAAAUCAAGAGUUAAGAAAAGCAACAUCAAGGAUGUAAACGGCAACAUUUCUGCAUCAAAUAGAAAUAGCAAGUCGAAAUGACGGUAGAACAAAUUGGAGUUGAGAGUUUUGCUGGUAUUGGCUCUCAAGGUUUUCGUGCUGUGGUUUAUGUCAUUUUGUUGUCAAACGCAAUACAUGAUUUAUUUAUUUAUUUAUAAAUAUAUCUUCCCAUUCAA